CGCCGGUCGCGGCCCGUCCCGGCCCCGUCAUGGCCGCCCCCCCCCGCCUCGGCAUCCAGAUGCUGCUGGAGGCCGCCGAGUUCCUGGAGCGGCGGGAGCGAGAAGCCGAGCACGGUUACGCCUCGCUAUGGCCCGGCGGGAAGGACGGGGAGGCCCCGCGGCGCCGCGCCAAGGCCCGGAGGAGCGGCGGCAGCGGCAGGUCGACACACAAUGAAAUGGAAAAGAACAGGCGCGCCCAGCUCCGGCUGUGCCUGGAGAGGCUGAAGGGGCUGGUGCCACUGGGGGCGUCAGCCGGGCGGCACACCACACUCAGCCUCCUCACCAGGGCCAGGCUCCAUAUCCAGAAGCUGGAGGACCAGGAGCGCCGGGCCCUGCACCAGAUCGAGCAGCUGCAGCGGGAGCAGCGGCACCUCCAGCGGCAGCUGGAAAAGCUGGGGAUGGAACGGGUCAGGAUAGACAGCAUUGGCUCCAGCCUUUCCUCCGAGCGCUCCGACUCGGAUCAAGGUGAGAGCCCACGCUGGGGGAUGGCUGGUGAGAGGCCUGGCCAUGCUGGAACUCCAACCAUUCCCAUUCCUCCGGCAGAAGAGAUGGAUGUGGAUGUGGAGAGCACGGACGACCUCCCGGCCGACCUGGACUGGAGCAGCAGCAGCCCCAGCGACUCGGAUGAGCGCGGGAGCCUCCAGAGCCUGGGGAGCGACGAGGGAUAUUCCAGCUCCAGCGGGACCAGGGCGAAGCUGGCGAGCAGCCGGAAGCUUCCUGUCGGGAUUUAGGAAGUGCUUCCCAUCGCCGUGGCACCGCCGCCGUCCCCUCGGGCUUCCAUUAGCCAGCACACCGACCCUGCCAGCGUUCCCUGCACGGAAACACCCUGACAUCCCGCUGCUCCAGCUGCUCCCGGGGCUCCAUUUGCAUCGCCGGCCUCUCACCCUGGUCAAACCUCCUCUGCCAGGCCCUACAUUCCAGCCACGCCUGAAGCGCCCGGGAAUAUCCUGGCAAUAACAGCAACCUCAAGAGCCUUCCCUGGGUUCUUUCCCAGGCUGUCACUGCCCGGUAUUCCCAAUCUUCUCUACUUUUGGGUGGCGACAUCACGUUCCUGAUCCUCAGGACCGAAAAAGCUGAGUUUUUGGGAGGAGAUCUGAAGAGAGAACCAGUCCUUUGUGGACUUUCUAUCCAUGACAGAGCAGAGCCAAGCUGGGAACACGGAGCAUUUCGGGCACAGAGAUCAGCCUCAGUCGGGAGUUCCUUCUCCCGACUCUAAAUAUUCAGGGACACCCCAUCCCAGCCCUUCCAGAGCAUUCCUGGCAUGGGGAAUAGCUCACCAGGGGCUCAGAGCCAUCCUCACCCCUUGGAUUGGCCGCCUCUGGGCUCGUUAAAGCCAAAUGGGAUGUCCCACCUGCCGUGGCACGGCAUUCCAGACUCCUGGAAUUCCCUUUCCACACUUCUAGUCUCGGGGACAAUUUUUUCUACCUCGGAGGGAGCCCACAGACUCUCUCCACCCCUUCAGCACAAAGAUGAUGCCUCUGCUCAGCAAUAACCCCACGGGACUCCCUGGAUCGUGUCCAUCCAUCCGGGAUGUUUCCAGGCUCGUGAAGGAUUCCAGAAGCCACCACAGGGAGGGCAGCCCCAGAGGGCAGGGGGGUUCUGAGCCAGAGCACACAUCAGCUGUGUGGAUUCUUUUCCCAGUGCACUGGAGGGAGCAUUCCCAUCACUUCCUGCUUUUAGAGCUGCUCUGGGAAUGUUGACACACUUCCAACACCUUCCUUUUCCCCUCGAGCUGCUCCAAGGGCGUUCCCAGCCCCAUGGAGCUGGCCAGGCCCUGGUGAGGAAUCGGCAAGGAGCUCUGCAGGGCUGUUCCUGCCGCUGGGAUACAAACCUUGACCCUCUGCUGGUCCCUUUCAGGAAACACAGGUGCUGAAAGGCAUCGAGAUGCUCCAUGGAAUGCAAGGGGAUGAACAGCAGGAGACUCCAGUGCUUUUUCCUUUGUCUUUCUCCUCUUCCUUCGUUUUUUUCUUUCCCCUUUUUCCCCUUUUCCUUUUCUUCUUACC